GUCGGCCUUUAUUGUGAAAGAGUAAAGGGAAGUCCAAUGUGUUUCAGUCGCGAGUUUUGAUGGCUAGGCGAGACCACGCAAGUAUCGCUGCAAAGGAAUGAAGCCAGAAUAUUGGACGUCUGAUUAAAUAAAGAUGUCUGAAUUGCAUUUUCUCUUCUUUGAGAACAAUGACACUGUAAACACCAUGAUGACCUCUUCUGUUUCCAAAUGGCCAGAAAACACAAUUGCUAAAAUAUAGUAUAGCGCUUCACACCAGAUCAGAGUGUAGAUAAUUAGCAUCAAGACUCAGCAUUGCAAAUUCUUCAGUUUGCAUGAUAAAUUGAUUGUGGAAAGGCCCACUUUCCACCCACAUUGAUAUCAUAGGUCAAAUCUAAUAAGUUUCUUACCAAUUAAAAACAUGUUUUCUGCAUUGAAAAAGCUGGUGGGAUCUGAGCCGGGCCAGCUCAGGGACAAGAACAUUCCCGCUGGCCUGCAGUCCAUGAACCAAAGUUUGCAAAGACGCUUCGCCAAAGGGGUCCAGUACAAUAUGAAAAUUGUGAUCCGUGGAGAUAGGAACACUGGAAAGAGCACUUUAUGGUAUCGACUGCAGGGCAAAAAGUUUGUGGAAGAAUACAUCCCCACCCAAGAGAUCCAAGCUACAAGUAUCCAUUGGAAUUACAAAACUACUGAUGAUGUGGUCAAGGUGGAGGUAUGGGAUGUGGUUGACAAAGGCCAAAAAUAUCCGCUUCCUGAAGGUGUAGGCAAAGGCAAAAAGCGUGGAGACAAUUUGAAACUUGAGAAUGAGCCACAAGAGUCAGACGAGGUAGCCCUUGAUGCAGAGUUUCUAGACGUGUACAAGAACUGCAAUGGCGUCAUCAUGAUGUUUGACAUCACCAAGCAGUGGACGUUUAACUACAUCUUAAGGGAACUUCCCAAAGUUCCCACUCAUGUACCGGUGUGUGUGCUGGGAAACCACAGAGACAUGGGUGAGCAUCGGGUCAUCCUUCCUGAUGACAUCAGGGAGCUAAUCGCUGGACUGAACAGGCCAAUGGGCUCAUCUUACAUCCACUAUGCUGAAUCCUCGAUGAGGAACGGCUUUGGCCUAAAAUAUCUGCACAGGUUUUUUAACAUCCCCUUCCUACAACUCCAGAGAGAGACCCUUCUGAGGCAACUGGAGACAAACCAGUUGGACAUGGAUGCCACCCUAGAAGAGCUAUGUGUGCAGCAGGAGACAGAAGAUCAAAAUUAUGAAAUCUUCCUGGAGAACUUGGAGUCCCGCAAUAAGGGCUAUGGCUCACCUGGUCCAGCCAACGGCCAGAGUCCCUCCUCAGGCUCCCAGUCCCCCAUUGUUCCUCCAAGUGGGGCCUCCACAGGAAGCUCCAGCCCAAGCACACCUCAACCUCCAAUCCCUUCGCAGCCAUUCCCACAGUCGCCCUCUGUGUCGCCUCCCUCGGCUCCAGAUCUGGCUGCUGCCGUUGGCAGAGCAGCCUCGCCUUCAGCUGAAUUAAAGUCUUCAGCUCAAUCACCAGAGCACCUUCAGUCCUCCGUCACACCGGUAUCGGCCCCCCAGAAACGCAGCUUCAUGUCUCGAUGGUUUGGCUCAUCGCCCGUCCCUGAAGCUUCUGUUAGCGCAUCAGAGGACCUACCUGCACCAGUGUGUCCUACUCUCGUACAAAGCGUGGAUGACUUUGUGCCAGAUGAUAGACUGGACAGGAGUUUCCUCGAGGACAGUUUGCCGUCAAAAACAAAGGUGCCUCAGCCAGCUCCAGCAGCGGACAGUGACAGUGAGUGUGACGACAGAGGAAACCCCAUGGUGUCUGGUUUCCAGGAUGAGCUUGAUCCUGAUGAUACAAGGCCCAACCUUCCACAGUCUAAAAUGCUGCCUCCCAGUCAAGAUAUCAUUCUGACCAGUGAUGAGGAGGACCAAACACUAGUGGCCCCUUCUGUAAAAAAGGACCAGGACCUGGACAGUGAACCUGAACUGAAAACCUGCAUGUCCAAACCAAAGGUGGCAUCAAAGGCGUCAGAGCUACGAGACCAGCCCACAGCUCCCAUCUUCCUCACUUUAAUUCCAACAGAAGAACAGCCCACCCAGCAGCAAGGAAAAAAGAAAGGGGUCUCGCCUAUUGCCGGGGACUCUGAUACAGACCCUGAAGGCCCGGUGGCCCACCAGAUGCUAUCUUUUGUGAUGGAUGACCCUGACUUUGAGUCUGAAGCAUCAGACGCACCAAAAAUAGCAAAGAGUACAUUCCCUGCAAGGGAUGAACUUCUAUCUGACCUCUCAGAUGAUGACUUGCAGUCAGCCAAGGUGCCAAAACCGGUGAAUCCCACUGUGAUCUCCUUUAAACAACAGGAUGUUACCGACCUUUUUGGCCUUGGCAUCCAAGAAGAACCUUCAGCAACCAAAGAGAGCAGUGAGGAGCAAGAAGAGAGAGAAAGCAAACAGUCCUCCAAAGACAAGAAGAAAAAAAAGAAGAAAAGUAAAGAGGAGGACGAAAAGAGUAAGAAGAAACAUAAACACAAGAAAAAGGAAAAAGAUGACGUUGUUGACGACAAAGAGAAAAAGAAGAAGAAAUCGAGGACCAAGAAGACAGAAGUGGAUGAGCUGGAAGACUUUCUAGGAGGAGGGUCAAGUUCCGCCAAAAGAGAUGAUGGAGAUUAUGAAGAAAUAUAAGAUGUCCCCGUUUAUGAGUAAACUGAACCUGGGAACAACCGUGGCAAGGAGUGAGAUCACAAACUGGUCCCCUGACUUGUAUGUGCACAAAGAUGUAUAUCCCAAGCCAUACAAAAUGCAAUACACGAGGCUACCAACAACCACCAGGUACAAUGGACACUCUGGAUGCGGCCCUGUUUGUUCCUUCUGGUCUGAUCGAGUUUUCCUUGACUGCACUUUUCUGGUGUCUUUCAUUCCAUUCGGUUAGUAACAGCAAGGAGACGGAAAACUGACGAUCAGUAGAACUGUAAUCUCUUUUUUUUGGGGGGGUGGUGCUUUGUGUGGACAUUUGUGAGUAUUUGUUACUUUUCAAGAAAUCCACUUCCAGUUAGUCACUAUAGUCAGGAUUACCAUUCUGUCAGAAUCUUGGUGUAGUUGGAAUAAUGUUUGCCAGCAUGCUAGAAGUAACACACGGCUCCCCUAUUCUCUCUGUCCUCGUACUGUUUUGCUUCGACAUGUAAAGGUACCCCCCCCCCCCACGCCCCCGGUUUACACCUUUAAAGUUAAAAAGAACAGAAGGUUUUUGGAGCAAAAACUAUCCUGCACAUCUGUACAGCAACCUGCGAUGUUGUCCAGACUCCUCACCGCUAACAUUGGAGUUUUUUUGUUUUUUUUAAAGAGCAGCACAUUUCAUCAAUUUAAUUCCAGCUGGUCUUUGUCAUGCCAGUCCACAUGCAAGGGGAGUUGGAGACAAAUAUAUGUGCAUUCUUUUAAUCUUGUAUGGUGAUAUAGUAUAUAACUGGCCUAAAACAAAUCACCCCCAAGAAAAAUGAUUCCAUCAUCAGUCUGUUUUGUAUCUCAUUGUAAGAGCUGUUUCAAUUUUAAAUUAUAUCCAGGUCAAGGGGUUUUGAGUAGCUUGGGUCAAAGGUCAGACAGACCAGCUCAUGUUUUUGUCACGACUUUACGCGUUAUGUCUGUCAUGUCAUUAAUGAUUUCCCAGAGUGAGACUACUCACACUUUUCUUACGUAGACUAUUGUUGGACCAACAAAAUUAGCUGUCAUAAUUCUAAAAUUGGAUCAUUGUGGAUGUAGCAAAACUGCAGCUGCCAGAUAAUGUAUGACACAUCACAUCUUGUGGAAGAAUAUCACUGUACUCAUACUUAUUACCACCUCCCCGCCCCCUAAAAGAAAAGCCGCCAUCUUUUCUCACAGGCAUUGUCUCCAUCCAAACGUGUUUUCUUUUAAUGCCUUAACAGAGGUCACAAUGAACUGGUGUGCUGCUAUCAUGACUCAUUUUAAGUGUUCUUACUAUAAUCUUAGAUUUGACAUCAGAUUAGCACGUUUGCUGGGGAGGCUCACUGAUGAAAACGGUUUUAAGGUUGCCAUGACUCGCUACACUUUGUUCUUUCGGUUUUGUUCUUUUGUGCUGAUCUGUUUCUGCAUGUUGCAAUAUUUCAAUUUUCAAUGAUCUGAUGACUUAUUGUCGGAUUUGUUUUACGAUAGGAUGGACUGGUUGUGUUGAUGACGUAUGAUGGUAAAAACGCUCGAACGCAAUGCAGCUUUUCAUAUGUCACUGUGUACAAUGCAAUGUUUUCCUCCUUUGAAACGGUUUUGUUUGUUUCUACUCGUUGUAGGGCAUCGUACGCUGUCAUUGCUUUGCUGUAAUUUUCAGGCCGGAAUGGCUGCCCAUGAUAGAAAUUAAAUUUAUCCUAAGACUGUGUUGUCCAACAUACCCGUGGAGCACGAUAAGAUUUCUUAAAAGUUUCCAGCUCAUCUCUCACACUCCCAAGUUUACACUCUGUUGGUUUACCAAGUAUGUUUAAAAUUCCGCAGCUGAAACUUUACAGCAUUGAUCCAUUUUUUUUCUCUCUCUCCAUAUAAUUGAGUAUAAAUGCUCAAAUCGGUUUCAAGCAAAGCAUGAAAUCUGUAUGUAUAGUGAGGAAAGAAUUUAUAAAUCAUGAAAAAUAAAUGACAAUUGUCACUGAUUUUCCAUGAACUUGUUAAACUGGAAAGAUGCAAGACAAUUUGUCCUGACAACAUAUUUUAUAGAACUGACAUGCACUUUUAAAUGUUAUUUUAUUUUUUCAGGGAUCAGAUUUCUUCCAAAUUGUCACGCCAAUAACAUCACUGCCUAACUCUCAAACAUUGUAACAUCUGCACUAUGGAGAAUAAUUUUCUCCAAACAUCUCACUUGAAGGGAGUUAUGUUAUUAGCAUGACAAAAUGCAUAUACAGUAUAACAUUUUUUAAAUGAAUCCCAUAAUUUCUUCCCUGCCCUACGACAUGUUCCAUCUUUACACUGUGUGAGUUUGAUUAUGUUUGGUUUGUUCCAAUAAAUACAAACCUAUUUCU